GAAAGUGGUAGUUACAACACUGAAGGAAUAAUGCAGCAGUAAGAUUAGGCUGUCAAAAAAGACAAAAAAAGAAUAAAAAAAACUGCAAUUAAGAUCUGCUUUAAUAAGAAAGCCCAUUACAUGUUGAAAGCUACAUAUAGCCAAGGAGAUCUAUAUAUCACUUGUUGCUUUCUUCUUUCUAUGAUCCUCUGUGAUGCAAUGGUGGACUAGAAGAGUCUUAUACAGGGAUGGGGAAGACAGGAAAAUGGCUUAAAAGCUUCUUGACAGGCAAGAAAGAUAAGGGGAAAGAAAAAGGAAAAUACACAAGCAAUCAGAAUUCUUCAGUUGCCCCCGAGAAUCCAACUACUCCCAUUUCAAUCCCACCAACAACUCCUAAAGAAAAAAGAAGAUGGAGUUUUCGGAGAUCUUCAGCUGGAGCAACCCCUACAAAGGACUUGAAUUCUACAGAACAAGUUGCCAGACCACCACCUUCAGUGGAGGUCACCUUGGACAAUGAGGAUGAACAGAAAAAUCAUGCCAUGGCUGUGGCAGUGGCUACAGCAGCAGCUGCUGACGCUGCUGUGGCAGCUGCACAGGCUGCAGCGGCUGUGAUCCGCUUAACUGCUGCUGCCAAUGAGAAAGCCAGCACAGCUGAAGAGGCAGCUGCCAUAAAAAUUCAAUCCGUCUUUCGAUCAUAUUUGGCUAGAAAAGCUUUGAAUGCAUUAAAAGGACUAGUAAAGUUACAGGCGCUGGUAAGGGGUCACCUGGUGAGAAAACAGGCCACAGCUACUCUCCGAUGCAUGCAGGCAUUGGUUACAGCACAAGCCAGAGCUCGCGCUCAGAGGACUCGGAUGGUUGAAGAAUCAAAUCCUGCUAGCCAGAGACAAUCACCCCACAGAAGGUCAACACCAGAUCACAGGUUCAGGCAUGCAUAUCAUGAGAUUGAUAGAGGAAUCGAAGAAAACAUUAAGAUUGUAGAGAUGGAUCUUGGUGAUUCAAAAGGAAGUUUGAAGAGUAGAAAUAGCUAUUCACAUCAUCCUCAAGCAGAACGAGUAGUGGAACAUAGAUUCUCAACUCAUUAUUCCUCAAAUCAUGCAUGCUCGAAGCAAGACAAUUAUCAGUUAUCUCCAGCACCAUCAGCUUUGACUGACAUGAGCCCCAGGGCCUGCAGCGGCCAUUUUGAGGACUAUUCUUUCAGCACAGCACAAAGCAGCCCCCAAUACCGUUCAGCUAUCUCAAAACCUGAUCCAUCAAAACCUCCUUUUGCAUUUCCAAGGCCUGAAUAUGCAGAAUCUGUGUCAUAUGACUACCCCUUAUUCCCCAAUUACAUGGCUAAUACAGAAUCUUCAAGAGCCAAAGUCAGAUCACAAAGUGCACCAAAGUCAAGGCCAGAUUCAUUUGAAAGGCAACCCAGCAGGCGAAGGGCAUCGAUUGAAGGCAGAAAUGUCCCAAGGGCGGUAAGGAUGCAGCGGUCAUCUUCACACGUUGGAGCCACUGCUCAAAACUACCAAUACCCCUGGUCAAUAAAACUUGAUAGAUCAGCAGUAUCCCUUAAAGACAGUGAGUGUGGAUCCACCAGUACAAUACUCACAAACACCAACUACUGCAGAUCCCUCGUUGCACAUGAUCCUCAUGGAGAUAGGUACUAAGAGCAUAUCUGUCUUACCAUUGGGACCGACAUAGAGUGUGGCUCAACUCAACUGAAAAAAAAUAGAUCUAAAUCAAAUAAAUAGUGCAAGCUAUGAUGGGAGAAGCCAAAGAAACUGACAUCUACGAUUAGUGUAGAAGCUGCUAUGAUGGCCUGACAAAUUUUCACUCCUGAGUUCAAAGUUGAGCACUGUUUGAACACCCCUCCCGUCCCCCCUACCCGCAAUCCCCUUUCCCCUGUGUAGAAACGUUUUUGUUCUUUGCUUUUGAUGUUUUGAACAUGAGUCGAUUGAAUGUCUUCCUUUGGUAAACCAUUGAGGAAACUGAGCUGCAAGAAUUGCAGGGCUCAGUUUUACUGAUUUAGUAACGUUAUGUCAAUAGAAAUUCGUGGUGUGAUUUAUUCCCUCAUAA